AUGACACCGUACCUCGCCAUUCUUCUUGGUGCCACUCUCGUUUCACGGGCUUCUUGCCACCAGGUCCAUGGAAUUCUCCUGGUCAACGGCACUGAGUCACCUGAAUGGAAAUAUGUCCGGGACGUAGCCCCGCAUUUCCCUUACGACCCGGUGGAGUGGGAGGGGAGCCAGUUUCCCAAAACGCCCCCCAUCAUGGACAUCAACGGCGCAAACAUCACUUGCGGCAGGAAUGCAUUUCACUCGGCCGCUAAAACCGAGACGGCCGACAUCUUAGCUGGCUCCGAGGUCGGCUUCCGCGUCUCGACGGACGGCGACGGGGAAUAUGGCUACUUCUGGCAUCCCGGCCCCGGCAUGAUUUACCUCUCACGUGCUCCCAACGACGACCUGGAGAACUAUCGGGGUGACGGUGACUGGUUUAAGAUUGCAUAUGGCGGUCCGGUUGCCGACAACGAGUGGCUAAUUUGGAAACAAAAUGACUUCAACUUCACCAUCCCGGAGACGACGCCGCCGGGAAAGUACCUCAUGCGCAUCGAGCAGUUUAUGCCCACCUAUGAUCGCAACUACACCCAGUGGUAUGUUAACUGCGCGCAUGUAAACAUUAUAGGUCCCGGCGGAGGGACACCGACAGGGUUUGCAAGGUUCCCUGGGACAUAUGUGGUUGAUCAGCCCGGCCUCCUGAUCCCAAAGAACCAGUUCAUUGCAAACGAUGAGCCACCCGAAGGUUUCAAGCUGCUCGACUACCAACCCCCAGGGCCGGCCGUAUGGUCAGGUUGA